UAAUUAAAUCACGAUGUUGAAUGUUUUGAUAAAUACCAUUGGUUUCAAAGUAAAUACAUAAAUAAUGGAAUGAUCACUGGGGCUGCAGUGGCUAAGUAUGAGUCUUACUUUAGUGCUGCACACAAAAUAAAAGUUGCAUUACAACAACUUUGGUAUGUCAUGUUCGAUAUUUUCGUCUAUUUACUAAAGCUUAAAAGUACAUCUGUAUAAAUAGCUGCCAUGUUACACACAGUAACAAAUCUAUUUGUUCAGCAUUUGACCAGUUUUAUCGACCUGACUGUGGCGGCCCGGGUGACAUAGAUUGAUUGGUGGCGGGGUCAUUGGGUGCCGAGUGAUGAUGGGCAGGCGGCAUGAGAGGUACGAGCAGCGCGGGCGGGCCGGCGCGACGCAGGAACGGGUGCUGCAGCAGGCGGGACGCCGGCUGGCGCUGCGCCGGGUCCCGGACCAACGCGCACUCCACGAAGCUUAGCAGGUCCGCCGGGCACCGAGCCGCGCCGCGCGGCCUGGGCGGCGGCAUGUCACGGAUACGACGCAUCGCCUGUAACGGCGGUUCAUUGAAGAAAGGAGGCUCCCCAUCAACCAUUUCCACAAGCAUGAUCCCAAGCGACCACACGUCCACCUCUGGUCCAUAUGGCAAUCUUGAUAUUACUUCAGGUGACAUCCAAUAUGGUGUCCCUACUAAGGACUUUCGUUUGGGAAGUUCCUCUGAGACUUGAGCACAAAAGCCGAAAUCAGAUAAUUUCACCCGGCCAUCUGCAGUCAUGAGAAUAGAGUCGGAUUUAAUAUCUCGAUGAAUAACUCCUUGGCUAUGCAGGAAAGCUAACGCCUUCAAACACUGUUUGCAGACAGUAGCAAUUUGUUCAGGGUCCAUUCGAGCCCUCGUCACAAUGUCAGUAAGGGCGCCUCCUGCCAUGUAUUCCAUCACAACCCAAAGCUCAUCUCCAACUAAGUAUGAAGCGUGCAUCUCGACAAUGUUUGGAUGAGGAUAGUCGCGCAUUAUAACAACUUCAUUGAAGAGCAAUUCCCGCCUCUGUUGUUUCCUUAAGUUCAUCAUCUUGACGGCUACACGGCGACGUGUGCGAGUGUCCGUGGCGGCGCAUACGACCCCCGUACUACCCUCGCCGAUUUUACUGAACCCGCUCAGCGUCGCUCGAGGGUCACCCUCACUAACAACUAAACGAAGAGCCGCGCGAAACUGUUCAUGCGUCAAUCGCAGUUCAUGUUUAGAAGCAGCGAGCGGCAGGUGAGGCGCCGCGCCCGGGGCACCUUGCGCGCGAGAUACGCCAUACGCGUCACCCAUGUUAAUGUUGUUUCCAUUGAGUCCGUGAGGUCCAUGUGUCAUUGGUUGUGGGGGAUGAUUGUGUUGGUAAGGUACAUUUGCAUUCUGUAUAUUCUGAUAGGUCAUAGGAUGAUGAUUAUCAUUGAUUUCUGGUACUUGUCUGAUUGUAGCCUCAUGUGCAUGUUGACUCCAUUCCACAGGAGAUUCUGCUAUAGGCUUAUUCAAUGUAUAGUUGCUGUGUUCUCGUCUUAAGCUCAAGUACUGCUGAGGGGCAGGUGGCACGGGUGGUGAUUCUUCAGGCACUGAUGGAGGGACAUUAGGCUGACUUCUCAAAUCCCUUCUUAUUCUCGGUGGGCUAGUACUUCUUAAAGAAUUUGACCUGGCCACAUUUGAUGUCUUUGGCAACACAACACCAUUUUGUACUGGUUGCUGUGGUAUGCUUGAAGGUAUAGGGCGUGCUAUUGAGGACACUGAGGUAGUUCUGUGGUCACCUCUUACUAUAGUUUUUAAAUCUAGAAUUUCGGUGGGUGUGAUUUCUGAUGGGUCUACCAGGGGUAGUGGUCUGUUUGUUGAUUUUAAUAUCUGGUUAUUGCCUACAAGUGAGGCCCAUUGCAAAGGAAGUCCAACAAACUUUCCCUCUCGUUUAUCGAAGCCCGUAUGUACUCUGUGUUCAAAAUUACUUGGCGGCGAAAUCAGAGGCUUUUUCUUUUUCUUAGAAAACAUUAUGUAGUAUGCAAGUUACUUUCGAGCAGUGUACUUCGAGCUUUAAGUAGUUACGAACACAUACAGAAUACUAAAUCAACAGCGUAUUCCGACAUUCCUCAGCAGGCAUCCAUGCUCCGCACAGGUACAUAACACAACAAAUUCAAUUAACGUAAUGAUAUUAAAAAUUCCACCACUUCAGCAAACUAAUAAAGAUGUACUCCAAUUGAAACCGACUUUGUUACUCAAGAAAUAUGCUGAUAACAACAUUAACACGGUAAAAUACAACAAAAUCGCUUUAUAAAACGAUAAACGACAGCAACCAACAACCAAAGAGUUUCAGGUAAAGUCACAGAUUACUAUAAACUAGUCAGAGACAGGUGGGACACUCAUUU